AUGGCAAACAAAAAGGGUCAGCAGGAAAUGGUUCAGGUUGAUAACUCCGAACGCACCGAGUCUCCUUUCUGGGCUGGUCGGAAUGCAUCCCUGAACCAGGGUCCGCCCAAGGUCUACGGCCAGAACACCGUUGUCGGCGCUUCAUACUCCCACGCCAACAUUAUUCACGGCACCUCGUCUCACCAGCGAACCAAGACACCGCCCCGGCCGACGGGAAAUGCCCCGUACCCCGCGUCGCACCUGGCGAAUCGAUCGGGAAACGUGGUCGCCUCGCCUCCCCGACAAGCAUAUCCCGGAAUCAUGACACAGGGUGUGGAUGAAUGGAGUCGAGAUCCUACGGAAGAGGACGAUGACGAAGAUGACGACGACGACGAGAUUGUGUACGAUGAUGACGAAGAUGAAUUCGGCCUUCCAAGUCUUGCUAGCAUGCGCAGAAAGAAAGCAGCACCUUUUAAAUCCAAGAACCUGGAUUCUGGGGGAUCAAUGGGAGGGAAUCCCACCUCUUUGGGCUUCGGGUUGGCUGCUGCCAAUAGACAGCGCGCCAAUAGCUCCGAUAUCGCCGAAGAACGAGGAACCCCAAUGUACCCAACAGCGCGCAAGGGUGAAGGCAAAAUCCUCCGUCCUCAGUAUAAGGAUAUUUUGCAAGGUCAGACAUUGGAUACAUUCCAAGAAAUAUCAAGGUGCGGCUAUGCUGACAUAGGAUCCUUAGAUCCCGCAAAUGCGUUGAAUCUUAUCAAUCACUCUCCCCCGCCUACCAAUGCCUCCCCCAAGGAGAGAGAGAUACAUUCUAGCCGUAUCACGCGCAUCAACAAAUUCAAGCGCAUCCUCCAGGCUAGCACCGUGUCUCUUACCGACUUACGAAACCUGGCAUGGUCUGGAGUUCCCGAAGAGGUUCGGCCGAUGACCUGGCAGCUAUUGCUUGGGUAUCUCCCAACGAACAGCGAACGGCGCAUAUCAACCCUUGAACGAAAGCGCAAAGAAUACCUUGAUGGAGUACGACAGGCCUUUGAACGUGGCAGCGGAACUGCUUCGAAAGCCCCCGCCUCAAGUACGGGACGCGGAAGAGGAUUAGAUGAGGCCAUCUGGCACCAGAUUAGCAUCGAUGUUCCUCGCACCAGCCCUCAUAUCCCGCUUUAUGGCUACGAAGCUACACAGCGAUCCCUAGAACGCAUCCUCUAUGUGUGGGCUAUUCGGCACCCAGCCAGUGGCUACGUUCAGGGUAUCAACGACCUAGUCACACCAUUCUGGCAGGUCUUCUUAGGGGUGUACAUUACGGAUCUCAAUGUUGAAGAAGGAAUGGACCCGGGCCAAUUACCUCGCAGCGUUUUGGAUGCGGUCGAGGCUGAUACGUUCUGGUGCCUGACAAAAUUGCUUGACGGCAUUCAGGACAAUUACAUCUACGCACAGCCCGGAAUUCACCGACAGGUUAAAGCUUUGCGGGACCUGACAAAGCGCAUCGACUCGGCCCUGGACAAGCACCUGGAGCAGGAAGGUGUGGAAUUUAUGCAAUUUAGUUUCCGGUGGAUGAACUGCUUGCUCAUGCGGGAAAUGAGCAUAAGAAAUACGAUUCGCAUGUGGGAUACGUACAUGGCUGAGGAGCAGGGCUUCUCACGAUUCCACCUUUAUGUUUGUGCUGCAUUUUUGGUUAAAUGGACGGAUCAAUUGGUCAAGAUGGAUUUCCAGGAGGUUAUGAUGUUUCUCCAAGCAUUGCCUACGAAGGACUGGACCGAGAAAGAUAUCGAGCUCUUACUGAGCGAAGCUUUCAUCUGGAAGAGCUUGUUCCAGGACUCACGCGCUCAUCUUCGACCGACUGGGAACGAGCCUCCUGAAAAUGGUAUCUUUUAUUGAUAGUAAUCAUAAUUCAUCAUUCUAUUCCCG